CGCGUGCGCACACACGCCAUGGCGCUGCCGCGGCAUCUGCUGCUGGAGUUGCUGCUGUACGGCAUCUGUUUUAUAUGUGGGAUCGUUACAGCGGCCUCCGUUACUAUCUCACAGGGUAGCUUUGCUGGGAAGUGUAUGCUAUAUGGUUCAGUACGUGUGAACUCCUCCAUCAGUGUGCUCUCAUCCACUUCUCCCUCACUGUGCUACUUUGUGUCAGCCAUAUCAGUGUGUGUGGCUGUUUUCUGCUUCUCCCUCACCCUAUACUGGAUCUACACCAGCCGUGUUGAUGGAGAGGUGAAAAGAGAGAAAUUAUGCAUGAACAUUACCCUCGGCAUGUGUGGAGUUUUCCUUUUCUUUCUCUUGGUUACGGGAUGCAUCCUGAAAAUUGGCAGAGAUCGACUGUGUGACUCAGUGCUCAUUCAAAUCACAAAUAUAACUAGGUGUGAAGAAGCACAAAAUAACUUUUGGAUGAGCCCUAUUAAUGGAAACCAGUUCUACUCAAACCUACACAAUGCAGAGACGGCAGUAUGGGUGAACCUGUUCUUAUGGAUGAUCAUAGCUGUUCUGGUUCUGGUCCAGCGUAAACUAGGGUCAGAAAACAGGACAGGAGGAGAGGACCCGUCAGCCGCCCCCUCUGAAACGGAACCCUUCUUCAACCCGGGACAUCCUUAGUGAAAUAUAUGUCUCUAAAACGGUCUACAUUCCACAUGAACACACACAUACUAGCACAUACGUAACACUUGCUCUCACUUUCACACUGCUGGCUAGCAUUCGGCUAGCCGAGGAGAGAGGAUUUUGGCAGCAUCAGUAUACAGCCUUGAUUUUUUUUUUUUUUCUAGCAUUGCCAGGGGUUAGUUGCCAUGGUUACUGAUCUGUGGCUGGCAGCACAGACCUGGCAGGUGAGAGUGUGCGGUUGCCAGAUUGGUAGUGUGACCUGAACUGAUCGAGACAUCGCGUUCCAUAAAAACAUCAAAUUUGACAAUGUUUUCGCAUUUUUUAAGAGCAGCAAAACAAUAUAAAAAAUAAAAGCGAAAAGACAUCUCUAUAUUUCUAAGAAUAUUGUUUGUGCCCUUUGCAUUAUUCUGGUGUUUUAUUCCAUGGCUAAAAAUGCCACGAGUGGAAAUGUCAGUUUAAAGGUAUGCCUGAAAUAACUGCCAUUCAAUUUAACCUGGUUGAGUUGGUGUUAACCCAAGCCAACCCACUGUACUGUCAUUUUUGAAUGGUCUAACACAAGUAAAGUCACUGUACAUUUUUGCCCUCUGCUGUCUGCUUACAUGUAUUACUUUAUAAAUCCCAUCAGAUGGUGCUUGUGUCCCUGUUUUGUGGGUUAGGAAUCUCCCAUAAUUGCCAUUUUCCCUAAUUUCACAUUUCUCCUAUUUGUAGUCCUUGGCGAGUUGACGUCCUUAACAUGAGCAAAACUGCUUGAGAGUGUCUUUCUGAGAGAGUUUAGAUAUUCUUAUAUCUUGUGCCCAGCAGAGAUAUUUUUAAUGGGGUUUUUCUGUACACAGUCACGGGAGAUUGGUGUGUGUGUUUGGGAUGACAGGGAAAUAAAUCCAUAAUUUGGCCAGUGAUGGUAUCUGCUUUCUGCAGGCCAAGUGCCAUAUCUGAGCACUAAAGUCCUCAAAAACACAGCGUCCUUCUGCCCUUCUCUGCAGCACAUAGUGCCCAUGUUUAUGUCAGUCAUUACAUGGUUUAUACGGCUUACCUAAUAAUUACUCUCUGUGCAGUUUUUAUACAUUCUCUUUUAACUUCCCAUAUUUGUUUUGUGAAAAACUACUGUUCAUACAUAUGCACAGUUUUUUUUUAUGGAUACAAAAUCUGUUGUAUACCCAGUAUGCCGGAGUCUAAGUUUAUGCGAACCUUUCAAAGUACAUGCAAAUAAAUUGGUCAACCCAGUAUUUUUA